CCCGAAGUAAAUUUCAAUACCCAGUGAAUGAUCGUUAACAAAUUCCCUUUUGUCCUACAUAAUAUUAUACUUACUUGCGUGGAAAGAUGGGUUGGUAUGAUGAUGUCUUUUUAUAGAUAUGGAAAAUCCAAAAAAAACAAGAGAUUUCGAUACACGGAGGCGCAGCUACAAGAGGCAGUAGAGUUCAUCAGACAAUCAAAAUUGAACAUUUCCCAAGCAAGUAAAAAAUAUGGAAUUCCGAAAAGUACUUUAUCGAAUAAAUUAAGAGGCAAAGUGCCUGCAGUGAGAAAAAUGGGACCCACAACCAUUCUUACAAUGGAAGAGGAGGCCAAUCUAGAAAAAUGGAUUUUAUCCAAAGCAAUGUUAGGUUUUCCAAUGGACCCAGACGAAGUUAAAGAUUCAGUUCAACGAGUUUUGAAAAUUGUGAAACGACCAAAUGUUUUCACAGAUGAUAGGCCAGGAAAAAAAUGGAUGAAACUUUUUCUUCAAAGGCACCCCAAUGUUACGAAGCGAAACACUGAAAUAAUUUCAAAAGGUCGAGCAUCAGUUACAGAAGAAGGCAUUCGGACAUGGUUCGGUGAACUAAAGGAUUAUCUAAUCAGCGAAAAUGCUGAGGAUAUUCUAUCAUGCCCUGAAAGAAUUUUUAACGCAGACGAGACAGGGUUGCAGACAUGUCCAAAAUCGGGAAAAUUGUUAGGUCCAAAAAAUUAUAAGAACUUUUAUGAGCUGGCAAGUGGACCAGAGAAAGAGUGCAUUACCGUCCUUUGCACUUUCUCGGCGGCAGGUGUCUGUGUACCUCCGAUGGUGGUGUAUCCAUACAAAAGAAUACCUCGGGAUAUUGUUACAUCUAUGCCAGAUAAUUGGGGAAUAGGUCGGUCGGAUUCAGGGUGGAUGGUGAGUGCGACAUUUUACGAAUUCGUAGCCAAUAUCUUCUAUCCGUGGUUGGAAGAAAAUAAUAUAAAACUACCCGUUUUGUUACUGUUAGAUGGACACAAAUCGCACAUAAGCAUGGAUCUUUUCAACUUUUGCAUAAAAAACAAUAUUAUAUUAUUUUGUUUGCUGCCUAAUGCUACUCACAUACUCCAACCCUGUGACGUCGCGGUGUUCAAAGCUUUGAAAGUAGCCUGGAAAGAUGUUGUUAUGAGGCAAAAACAGGAUUCACAAAAGUCUAUCACAAAAACCAACUUUGCACCUCUAUUUAAAAAUGCUUUUGAUAAAGCCAUCAAACCUGAAACAAUAAUGGCUGGAUUUCGAGUAACCGGUUUAUUUCCUUUUGACCCAAAUGCAGUAGACUAUUCGAAAUGUAUUUCGAACAGGCCGAAAGAAAUUCGGGAGUUUGAAGUUGUGCGAACUAUUGCAAAUCCUGUUAAUUCUGCAGAUUAUAAAAGUACUCUUAAAGUUCUCGAACAUCAUAUGGGGAUCCACCCUUAUUAG